AUGGCUUAUAGACAGAAUGGCCACUAUCCGCCGUCUCAAUCACCACAACAGCCCUUUCCGCCUCCAGGAACGCCUCCGCAACAGCCAUACCAGCAUACUCCGCAACAGCCAUACCAGCAUACUCCGCAACAGCCAUACCAGCAUACUCCGCAGGUUUACCCGCAGGUUGUAAUUCCAGUAUACCCUCCUCAUCUAGCUCAAAGCCCGCUGCUACAGCCCCCGUUACGACCGCAUGACUUUACGACCCCCGCCCCUUCACUUCCUCAGCAUAUUCCUCCCCACUAUUCCGCUCCGCCGCACACGAGCUUUCAGUAUGGGGGAGUUCCCGCGGCAUCAGGCUCACCAUACGGGAUGCCGAACCGACAUCCUGAUCCCUAUAUAUCUCCACACCCACUGUACCCUGCCACGCUACCACCUCGUUCUCAGACCCAACCCUCUCCGCGUCCCUCCCAGCCGAUAGUUCAACGACAAGCUUCACAACCAAUAUCCCCUCAAAUACAGACUCUUCCCCAACCGCAGAGAUAUUCUCAACUUGCUCCACAACCAAGCCCAACAAUUCAAAGUGCUCCUCAUAUACAUAAACCCUCCAAGGCACCAAGUUCUCAAUCUCAAACUCGCCCUUCACCACACAUGUCGGGAUCGAAAGUGUUACCCCGGCAGAGACAAGGCGGAAAUGAUAACACAAAGCCAGCUGUGGACUAUCAGGUGUUGCUUCUAGCGCUUGCUGACGAAUAUCUUGAUGCGGCUCACAGCCAAGCUACUCUUAUUGCAGUCUCUCAAGAUGAGCAAGAGAUGGAGCAGUAUUACAAAUUGGUUGCCACGGGUUUGCGAUGUAUGGAGGCUCUGUUGAAGAACUGGAGGCUGGCCCCUCAAACAGAAGCUCUUGUGACCCUACGCUUCGCUAAGAUAUUAUAUGAAGAGACGAAUAAUGACACAAAAGCCGAAACAAUUUUGAGUAAAGGGAUCGACCUAUGUGAAAGGAAUCGAAUGUUUGACCUCAAGUACGGCAUGCAGCAACUGCUAUGUCGAAUAUUAGCGAAAUCUAACCCGAAGGCUGCGAUGAAGACUGUUGACGGCGUGAUCCGUGAUAUAGAAGCAUAUCGACAUACUGGGUGGGAGUAUGUCUUUCGUCUACUAAGAGCUUCAAUAUCUCUCUCCCAGCCUCCGCAUCAAGACCUAGUGGGCGCUUUACAUAACCUUCAAAAAACCUCAUCAUUAGCUACAUCAUGCGGGGACAAGGCAGUAUCAGUUAUAGCGGCGGUACUUGAAGCGCUGAUAUAUCUGCAGCAGUCUACGAGUACGGAUUCCAUUGAACAUGCACAACGAGCAAUUGCUACGGCCCGGAGUCGCCAGCUUGACCCUGAGGUGCAUAGUAUACCUCAGUUGAGUUCUGUCAUCCAAAUGAUAGAUAUAUGCUGCAGUAUCCUUGAAUACGAUAUUAAUCAGUCUAGCCAAAAGCUCAAGGGAAUGCAAACUUCAAUGGAUCAGGACAUUCAUAAUCCAAAGUGGAAGGAUGACGGAUCAUUCGCUCUUCCUUUGAGUGCUAGGACUAUUGAAUCUGCGUCACCGCGAGAACAUCGAAAUGACGGCCAUACAUUUGAAUUAACUAUGAACUGGCUUCCGGAACACGAUCUCUAUGCUCUCUGUUACUUCUUAAGUUCUAUCACUCUUAGUGCGAAGAAUUCACAGGAUGGUCACAAAGCGGAAAAGUAUCUACAGGAAGGCUUAGGGAUGAUGAAAGCUAGCCUUUCAUCUCCCCAGGGAAUCUCCGAAUCUCUGAUGUCUUCCUCUGCCCGUAUUCAUUGGCGGAGAAAUUUAUACUGCAAUAUGCUCCUACAGCAAGUUUUCCUCUAUUGUUCUCGAACGGAGUGGCGAACGGCGAGUAAAACGCUCAAAGAAGUCAGAAGUACACUGGCUGAGUUGGGAGAAUCAGCAAACGACGAUAUCAAAUGUCUGGCCGAAUAUGCACGCGGUAUUAUUUACCAAGCAACCGGCGAUACGGGAGCAGCGAUGGCCAUCUACCGACAGCCCAUGUUUUCUCUUGCUCAAUCAACCAACAAAACCUCACGAAGCAAUCCUCAUCGCGAUACUUCAAUUCUAGCCAAUUUAAACAUCGUACUCUUGUUAAGAGAUCCCUCUAAAGCGGACCACCCGCUUGCCUCGGAAACGCUAAGUAUUGUCGGGCCGCACUGUCAAAGUAGCCCAAACAAGUACAUACGGGCUGCAUACUCCCUCAUCAGCGCGACGGUACAUACCGAUUCCACCAUCCAGACGAAACGUGACCUUCACCAGGCACUGCAAGCCGCUACAGCGAUUCAAAACAGUCAAAUAACCUGCGUCGCUCUGACAUUUAUGAGUUGGAAAUAUUUCCGAGGAGUAAUUGGCGAACAGUCGGAGAAAAGCGCGAUGGCGGCAAGAGCCAUGGCAAGGAAGGCAGACGAUAAGUUAUGGAUGAGCGUCACGGAUGACUUGUUGGCUGAAACGCUGGACCGGCAAGGGAAGUCUAUGGAGGCCGAGGCCCUGAGAGCCAAAGCAGAUAGAAAAUUGGAAACGUUACCACCGGCGUUAAAGAUGACUUGGGGAGAUGGGAAUGGAAACGGUAAAGAGAGCUCCAAUGGUGGCGCAACAAAGAUUAGACCUGUUUAA